AUGGACAAGUCUAAGCAAACAACGACACCCACGCGACACCAGCCCUCACUACCACAUACCCCGUCCCCAUUUCCACCAUCAUCAUCACCACCAUCGUCGUCGAUACUAGACGCAGCGCAAUCGCGACAGAAAUCAAGAAACGUACGCCUUCAUCCGCUAUCAUCGAGCCCCGCCACGCUGCCCCUGCGCUCAACGAAACACAUUACGAUGCAGCAUUUGCGCCAGAACCAGAGACACGCGAACUUGUCUUUGACGAGGGAGAGGAUCUCGGACCGGCAGUGCGAAGUUGAUAGGAUUCAAGGUAUGGGUGGUGUGGGUGUGGAUGGUGAGGUGGACGUGGAUGUGUUGAUUGAGGAUGAGGCGAGGAAUCGGGUGGAGAUUGCGCGGGCGAGGGCCGAGGCCGAGGCGGAGGCGCGUGAGCUCGAGGAGGAGGCGGAGUUGAUUGAGUUGGUUUGUGCCUUGCGGUUGGGGAUGGAGUCGUGA